AUGUUGCCGUGUCUGAUGCAUGGGCCGCCUUCACGCCCGUCACAGGCGCCAUCUUUGCGCCUGACACGCCCUUUACCCCGCCGUGCGAAUCAGCCAACACUACUGCUCCCGCCCCACGCAUCGCUGCCGAACAAACCCCAGCCGGUGCCAACGUGCAAGUCCCAGCCCGCCAAAGCACGCAACCCCAAAGCGGGCAGCUCUAAGCCCACGAGGAAGCCCGUGCCGAAGGACUUGGAGGCGCUGAAGAGAUCCUUACCAUCGAUUGCGCACACACCGGAGCUCGCAAACUCAAGAACGUCAACCACAGCGUCUACCACUGUAGUGGCCCCCAAGUUGCCGGUCAAGCACCAGGUGCCCGCCGGCUAUAUGGCUGCUGCACAAUGGCAGGCUGGCGCUUUGUUCGCUUACAAUACCACGGAGUUGCCGCCGGAUCCAGACACCGCCCCGCCUUUUGGUUCCGUGUAUACGGACACCCUUCUGGGCCCUUACGAGCUCAUGCGCCAGCCUCAGUUCUUCAACGCUCGCGCUUUGUACAUGGCGUUCAUACGCCAACCAACCGCCAAAAGUGCGGACUCUAUGGACUUUCGUCGCUGGGACGCAGCAAUGGACGGGAAGAACUUCCUCAAGUACUGGGCGGCUGAAUGUGUCAAGAAGUUGUGGGACAAUUUUGGGGCCACCGUCUGGCUUCUUCAGGAGAUAUUCUCCUCGGACGUGCUGCUGAAGGAUGACUUCGCGUGGGCCACACUUGGUAGCACAAUGCUACCCAAAGUUGUCGUCGGGGACCUGUGGAAGGCCGCCGUCUUCUUGAAGUACGACAUGGAGUCGAAAUUUCAGUUCCUGCAGCAUCCGCAGGACAAGGAUCUUGCCUGGCGCCAACGUCAGCGCAGCGCACUCAUAAUCGAGGCAUUCUUGUAUGAAUGUACCCUACUUCUUCGCCACGUAGAUCACCCCACCAUCGGACGUCUGUGCAAGGCCAGCGAGGAGUACCUCGAACAAUACGGCGAUGGUCCCAAGCGCGGUGCGAUUCUCACCGGUGAUGAUAUUCCGCGCUUUCACUUGUUCCUUGUUGGCGCCGGGGUGCCCACGUUUGUCUUGAUCCCGUUCGAGGAGCUCGAAGCCGCCGACAGCUUGGAGUACUCGUCGACAAGUGACUGGCGCUGUGCCAUUGACUUGGACCCAAAGCUAAACUCGAUCAAGCAGAAGGAUCUCCCGCGCUCUUGGUAUCCGGCAAAGGGUAUCGCGUGGGAGAUAUGGGAGGUCCUAGCCAUCUCAGGCAUGCCCCCGCCGNAGGACGAUUUCAAGCCGUCCGAUCGGGCUCAGGCGCUCAAGCGAAAGCGCAUUGUGGACGAAGACAAACGGAAGUGUCGGCGUCUCGAGCGGGAGAAGGAGCAGGAGCUUUGCGAGGAAACCUUCAAGCAGAAGAACCCCGUAAGGGCGCGCGCCACAACCGCCAAACACUACGCUUGGAUCACCAAGGCGGUUCCCGCUCUCUGCAGCUACUACGACUGA